UCGCCAUGAGUUCUCCAGAAUCCGCCGCUGAAACCGCUCCGCCCGCCGAGGUGAUGACAAUAGCCACUCCUAUCAACCUGAUUUUGCUGUCUCUCUUCGUGGUCCUCGUCUACAUGCAGCUCCGUCCCAAGAGCCCCGUCUCCCUGCCCCAGGGCCCUCCUCCCGUCGUCUUCCGCACCUUCACCCCAACCGCCCUCCUCCCGUUCAACGGUGUCAACGAUCAGCCUGUUUAUCUGGCGGUUCGCGGUCGCGUAUUCGACGUGACGCCCGGCAGGAACUUCUACGGCCCGGGCGGACCGUACGAGAACUUCGCUGGUCGCGACGCAUCCCGUGGACUGGCUCACCAGAGCUUCGAUGAGGAGAUGCUCACUAAGGAUCUGAUGGGUCCUCUGGAUGACCUGAAGGAUCUGGACGAGGAGCAGCUGGAGAACUUGCAGUCUUGGGAAGAGCGGUUCCUCGAGAAGUACCUGGUGGUGGGUAAAUUGGUUGCCGAGGGGCAUCCCGAGGCCCCGAAGUCAUGAGUUUGUAAGGUACUCUCGUGAGAUUACGGAUUGCUCUGAGAUACCACGCUGGAAUCUUGAGUGAUAUGAUUUUGGUUGAAAGAUGAGUCAGGAACGUCGAUAUGGAUCUUGAGUUGAAUUGCGGCGAUGCAUUAUGUUCAUAAAAGCGAUGUUUGGUGAUUAUCUCGGCGAUCAUAGGUCCAAUCCAAAGGUCUAUUUUUGGACUUCCUGGUCAUGGAUAUCUGUUAUUAUUGAAAAUGCUACUGUUACACAAGGAAGUGAAAAGGAAAUUGCGUUCAUAUUAAAU